GUAUUUUGGAAGUGGGAGGAGAUAAAAAGGGAGAUGCACAGGUGGGGCACAGAUUGGAAAGAGGCUGUUGUUUCAGGAUAAAUACAGAGGGAAGUAGAGCUGCUGCUGCUGCUGGCUGCCAUUCAGGGACAGGUUGGACUGGUUUCUCCCUCCACAAUACUCCAGUUUCCCUCAUUCACACAGCGAGGAACAAGUGACCCAGUUUAGGAGGCGGUGGAAAGAGUGAAAAAAAAGGCUUCUUCAGUACAUUUCAAGCCAGAGAGGAUUUUAAACAUGCCGGAGGAAGGAGAGUUUUAUGGAAAACAUGGCGAGCCAAGGAAGUAUGACUCCUCGUUCAAAGGCCCCAUCCAGAACAGGAGCUGCACAGACAUCGUGUGCUGCAUUCUCUUCAUUAUCGCCCUACUGGGUUACUUUGCAGUGGGAAUUCUGGCCUGGUCCCAGGGUGACCCCAGGAAGGUGAUUUACCCCACUGACAGUCGAGGGCAGUUCUGCGGGCAGGCGGGCACCCCACUGGAGAAAAAGGGCAUGCUGUUCUACUUCAACAUCAUGAAGUGUGCGAGCCCCAUGGUGCUGCUGGAGUUCCAGUGCCCCACCACCCAGAUGUGUGUGGAGACAUGUCCUGAUAAGUUCCUGACGUUAGUGAAAGCCUACACCAACACGAAGGACUUCGACUACUACAAGACGUUCUGCAAGGAGGGCGUGACCAACAAUAUGGGAAUCCCAGAAAUCCUGAAGCAAGGCCUCUGUCCGUCCAUGCUGACCCCCAGCAAGCCCUUCACUCGGAGGUGUUUCCCCGCUCUGGGCCUGAAAGGAGGUUUGAUCACCGUGGGAAACAACUCUCACUUUGACGACGGCAGCGGGACCAUGAGAGACGCCAAGGACCUGGUGGAUGGAGUCAAGAACGCCACGGUGGUGAUGGAGGCUCGUCAGGUGGUGAUGAAGAUCUUUGAGGAUUACACAAAGUCCUGGUACUGGAUCGUCAUAGGUUUGGUUAUUGCGAUGCUCACCAGUCUGCUCUUCAUCGUCCUGCUGCGCUUCCUGGCCGGGAUCAUGGUCUGGGUCAUGAUCGUCAUGGUGAUACUGGUCCUAGGAUACGGUAUCUUCCACUGCUACAUGGAGUACGCCGCUCUGAAGGGAGAGGCCGGCGCUAACGUCACUCUGCAGGAAAUCGGCUUCCAGACGGACUUCACCGUCUACCUGCAGAUCAGACAGACCUGGCUGGCCUUCAUGAUCAUUCUGGCCAUUGUGGAGGUCAUCAUCAUCCUCCUGCUCAUCUUCCUCAGGAAGAGGAUCCUCAUCGCCAUCGCUCUCAUCAAAGAAGCCAGCAGAACCAUCGGGCAUGUGAUGUGUUCCCUCUUCUACCCUCUCUUCACCUUCCUCCUCCUGGCCAUCGUCAUCGCCUACUGGGCCGUCACUGCUGUCUUCUUGUCUACCUCUAAUCAACCGAUCUACAAAGUCUUCAAUGAGACGAUGUGCGACCACUCGAGAAAAACUUGUGAACCUGCGAACUACUCCAUCAGUAUAGAAAAGACGCAGUGCCCGGACUCAGAGUGUCUGUUCGCUUUCUACGGCGGAGAGACGGCGUACCACAAGUACCUGAUUGGGCUGCAGUUCUACAACGUCUUCCUCUUCUUCUGGUGCGCUAACUUUGUGACGGCGCUGGGACAGAUGACCCUCGCCGGAGCCUUCGCCUCGUACUACUGGGCCUUCAACAAGCCCGACGACGUGCCCGCCUUCCCCGUCUUCUCCUCCCUCGGGAGGUCGCUCAGGUAUCACACAGGAACUCUGGCGUUCGGCUCCCUGAUCCUCUCCAUCGUUCAGAUCAUCAGAGUUCUGCUGGAGUAUCUAGACCACAAGCUCAAAGGAGCUCAUAAUAAAUGCACCAAGUUCCUGCUGUGCUGCCUGAAAUGCUGCUUCUGGUGUUUGGAGAAAUGUGUCAAGUUCAUCAACAGAAAUGCCUACAUCAUGACGGCGAUCUACGGGAAUAACUUCUGCACCUCCGCCAAAAACGCCUUCUUCCUCCUCAUGAGGAACAUGAUCAGGGUGGCUGUCCUGGACAAAGUGACAGACUUCCUUUUGUUUUUGGGGAAACUGCUCAUUGUUGGGCUCGUGGGGAUCUUCGCCUUCUUCUUCUUCUCGGGGAGAGUGAAGGCCUUCGAGGACACCGCUCCACAUCUGCACUACUACUGGGUUCCCAUCCUGACUGUGGCGGUCGGAUCCUACCUCAUCGCCCACGGAUUCUUCAGUGUUUACGCCAUGUGUGUCGACACUCUGUUCCUCUGCUUCUUGGAGGAUCUGGAGAGGAACGAUGGCAGCGCAGAGAGGCCCUACUUGAUGCCGGAGAACCUCCGAAAAGUCCUGAACAAGAAGAACAAGACGGAACCGGCUGAAUAACGGAAAGAUCUGCAGUGAUGUUGGACUUUAGGAAAAACAUUCUCGGACCAGAACCAGAUACCUUCAAUCACCAGGAGCCUCCAUCGGAAGUGUUAUCCACUUUAAUUAAUCUACAGUUUAUAGUUUUAAAGACGCCGCCUUAUUUGUUAUAUAUUUUAAUAUUUGUGCUACAUGAAGGUCAGCUUUAAAGUUGUUUAAUAUGUCUCUGCGCUUUUUAUCUUGCUGUUAUCUUAUGUUAUGUUUGAAGCUUUAUUUAACCUUGUUACCAAAGCCGUUCCACUACGACUCGUUUUUAUCUGCACAAAGAAUCAAUCUGUCAGCGAGUGUGUAACGGAGAAACUUAAGAACAAAAGCUAAAUUUGUAUUGUAUAGGGUUAUACUCUGGUACUCAUUUCAUUAUUGUGGAGUUAACCUGAGAACGUUUUUGAAAUAAAAAUAGUUUUUUACGUAA